AUGGAGUCCAUCUUCUUAAGACUCUCCUCUGAUAUAUCCCUUCACGCGCGUAUAUCUCGCCCUUCACCCGACAGUCAAAAGCCACUUCUGGUUUUCCUCCAUUACUGGGGCGGGUCUUCUUCAACAUGGCAUAAGCUCACAUCGCAUGAUUCACCAACUUCCCUAAGUACUAUUUAUCCGAUUCUUGCUAUCGACAUUCGGGGCUGGGGCAAGUCUACAGGUCCGUCUGAGGAAAAUGGAAACGCAUAUUCGGCUACAACAAUGGCUUCCGAUGUUGCUCUCGCACUAGAGAGGUUGAAACAAGACGUCGGAACGAAGGACCUUUUCAAUCACGGCUUUCUAUUCGUCGGCCACUCGAUGGGAGGCAAAGUAGCUCUGGCCACGCUAUCUGCCCUCCAUGAGAAUCUGCUUCGAGAACUUAAAGGCCUAGUCCUAGUAGCACCAGCGCCACCAACAGCCCUCAGCCUCCCACCGGAAAUGAAAGAACAACAAAAGCUUGCCUAUAAGACCAACGAAUCGGUCAGGUGGACGACUGAGAACGUCCUCGCGAACUCUAAGAAUUUAAGCGAAAACGAUAUCGAGUUGGUGAUUCAUGACAGCUUGAGUGGGAAUAAACUUGCUAAGGAAGCCUGGCCUACGUAUGGUAUGGCGGAAGAUGUUUCCGGGGGUGUGAGGAGGGCUCUGGCUUACAUUGGUCACGGUGGUAUUCGGGCGAGUGUACUUGUUGGGGAAUUGGAUGUUGUCGAGCCAAGAGAGCGAGUUGAGGCUGAGGUCUGCCGAUUUCUUGAAGAAAAUGGUGUCAAGACUUCGUUGAGGGUUCUUGAGGAUGUGAAGCACUUGAUUCCGUUGGAGUGCCCUGAGAUGGUCUCUGAAGAGAUUGCUCUAUAUUGA